AUGAUUGCAACUUCUAAAAUGAUUAUCAGCCAUUAGAAGCUGUAUGUAAUUUUUUCACUUUAGCCACUUACUUAACCAGCAGGGAUACCACACUAACUAUCCAAAUCCUAGUCUUUAUUGUUAGGAUAUUUUCGACCUCUUCCUGACCCUCAACUAGUUUGGGAACCUCAUUAAAAAAAUAAUUGAUGAGCAAAUUCUUAUAGUUAAUAGGAAAUCGUUUUAAAGUGGUUAUAUUUGGAUACAAUUAAAUUAAUUAUAAAAGAAGCUCAAGCAUUUAUAAAUAUUAUGCUAAAAUAGGUAUUCGGGUUUUAUGUAUCUUUAAUGCAUACGUUUUUGCUAUAGGUUCUCUAUUAUUGUAUGUGUUUUACUUAACUCUGGAGACUGGAUGUAUAAUUAUAAAUUUAGGAGAGUUGCUAAACAAAGUUUUUGUUAUGAGAUUGGUUACGAUAUAUUUUACAUGAUCAUGGGAGGACGAAGUUAUUUUAAACUUGAUCAUUUUAUUUUUUGUUUUAAUAGAGCUGAAUCAAUCAGAUAAUUCUCUUUUGGUUAAAUUAAUAAGUACUUGAUAAAGAUAAAUUUAGAAAUCCGUCUAAGCUUUUUAAAGAAAGAAAAAACUCCCAAUAUAUCUAGGGAUUUAAUAUUCCAUAGAGUGGCUAUUCAAUUAUGUGA